AUUUUCCUCAUCUCAAGGAGCCAGUCUUGUCACUGCAGCAAUCACCACCUUCUGUAUACAUUCUCCAUCGCAGCAACUUCAUUGACAUUUUCCAGUCUACAAUUCAGUCAACUGCACACCAAAGGUAUCAUCAAUCGUAAUAGCCAUCGCCAUCGAGAUGGAGCCACAGCGAGAGUACGACAUCAUUCUGCUUGGCCCCACCGGUUACACAGGACGCUUCUGUGCCCAGCACAUCGUCAAGCAUCUCCCUACCAACCUGAACUGGGCGGUGGGAGGACGCUCGCAGUCCAAGCUUGAGCAAUCUGUAAAAGAGUUGAGGGACUUGAAUCCUGAUCGCAAAGACCCUGAUAUCCUUACUGUGCAGCUCAAUAGAGAAGAGCUCGACCCGCUGGUCCGCAAGACGAAGGUCAUCAUCAACUGCGUGGGGCCGUACUGUUUGUACUCGACGCCCGUGGUCGAAGCAUGCGCUAGCAAUGGGACACACUAUGUCGAUGCCACUGGGGAAACCCCUUGGGUGAAGACGAUUGUCGACAAGUACCAUGAGACAGCCAAGUCGAACGGCGCCGUGAUUAUCCCCUCCGUCGGCAUAGAAAGCGCCCCAGCAGACAUGCUAGCUUGGGCUCUGGUGAAACGAAUCCGCGAAGACCUAGCCUGCGAUACCAACGAGGUCAUCUCCGCAAUCCACGAGAUGAAGUCUGCCCCCGCCUCCCCUUCUCUCCCCCACAUCCACAUACUCCCAAAACUAACCCUCCAUCCCAGAUCCUCCGGCGCAAGCGGUGGCACCCUAAGCACCGUCCUCACCGUCUUCGAUACGCUCUCCCUAUCCGACAUUAUCAAAACCGCCGAUCCAUUCUCGCUAGCCGCCACCAAGCCAUCCCCUCACCAACAACCGCGCGAGCCCCUCCUCGCCCACCUUUCCGGUGUCCGGUACGUCCCCGACCUCGGCGCGCUGACGACCUCACCCUCCGGCCUUGCGGACGUCAACAUCGUCCACCGCAGCAGCUCGCUCAUGCCCGAGCUCUACGGCUCACGCUUCCACUUCCGGCAGUUCCUACGCGUGCGCAACGCGCUGGUGGGCGUGCUCUUCCACUACGCGUUUUUGGUCUGCAUCUCGCUGCUGGUCCUCGCGCCGGUGCGCGCCCUCGUGCGCCGGCUGGUGUAUACGCCCGGCACGGGCCCGACGGCUGAGGCGUCGGUGAAUGAUCUGGUCGAGUAUCGGGCUGUGGCGACGGCGGAUCAGUCCGGGAGGCCGAAGCGGGCGUUCGGGAAGCUGCGGUACCAGGGGGGCAUGUAUGAGUUUACGGGGUUGAGUCUGGCGGAGGCGGCGAUGGUGAUUCUGGAGAAUGAGGAGAAGGUGAAGCGGGUGUCGCGCGGGGGGAUCGUGACGACGGCGGUGCUGGGGGAGGAGUUGUUGGAGCGGUGGGAGAGGGUGGGGUGUCGGGUUGAGACGCAGGUGUUUGAGCAUUAGCUUUCUUUCUUGGUUGGAACUUUUCC